CCAAAAUGGGAUAUUAGAAGCGGCGGUGAGUCUCGGGUCAGGGAGGAAUAUAUGGGCAGUACACUUAACUACUACCGCCAUCUUACGGAUAUUGUGCUUGGAAUCUAUGGGAACACCUCAAUGGUUCUGCUCGUGUCAAAUUGGUUACGUGAAGAAGUAUGAUGAUUUUGGGCUGAAUUCACAGAUUGCCUUGACCAUACUUGGCAACCAAAUAUCUUGUAGAAUAUAAAGUAUCUAGAAAUCAUGUUGGCACUUCAAGAUCCAACAGAGAUCGGUGGGGGUGAGGUGAAUCCUGAAGCCAUGAACUCUGAAGAUGAGAAUGGUGUUUCCAUCGUUGUGGGUGAAGUGAAACGCAUGGAUUCCAAAACGGCUAGCAUUGAAAGUGGGGUGAACGGCAUGGAAGAGGAAGACGUUGAAGAUUUUGAUCCUCAAGUGUCAUCAGGAAGGCGCAAAAUGAUCAUAUUGUCUGAUGACGAGGACUCCAACCCACCAAGUGCUUCUGUUCCUAGUCGUCUCAUGGAUAAUGAAGAGGAGAGUGUUGGCCAAAGGAAGCAUAUGAUUACGUCAGACUCGGAAAAUGAAGAUGAUGGCUUGUUUAGUAAGGAAAUAACCAUCCCCAAACCAAAGUUUGUCUACAACCCUGACCUUUUUGAUACUGAACUCUCUGAUGAAGAUCAACCAACAAGAAGUGAUGAAGCACCGCUCACAGCAAUAAUGCCUGAGGAAAGUGAAGAGCCAGUUCCUCAGAAAAACAAAAAGAAGGGAAGCAAACCCAGACAGUCAAGUGUAAGGGCCCAGCAAGAGAUUCAGCGGGAGAUUCACAGUGAGAGUCAGCGGCUGGUGCGUGAAAGUAGAGUCUCCCUUCCUUACCACAGGCCCAAGCAGAGGACAUUGGCGGAGUUUCUUGCAAGGAGGAAGCAAAGCAUGCCACCAGAAAUAAAGAAGCAAAGCCUUAAGAUGAGUAUGCGCAAUAUGGAAGCGCUCAGGUUGUUGGAAGAGAAGAAAAAACAAGCUGAGGAAUUUUACAAGUCAGAUUCAGAUGGUGAAGACCUUGGUGACCUUGAUUGGACCCCAGCAAAAGAGGAUGACAUAGUAGCAACAGAGGAUAAUCUGAUUUCAAGUACAACUACAGAAAAGAAUGACAAACAGAUUGGGUCAGAGAAGCAGCUCAGUUUGUGCACAGGUACAGAAGAGAAGGACAAACCAAUAGAAACUGAAGAAGAGAGUUCAUGUACAACCACACAUUUAAUCAGCAAUGACACUCUCCCAGACCUUCACGCACUACCCACUGAAUCAUCUACACAGAACAUGGAGUCACAGGAUAGCUGUUCUGAGUCUCUCCUUAUAACAAAUCAUGCUGUCGUUUCUUCAGAGGAUAAAGGCAUGGGCACUUCUGAGAACAAUACGCAAAUUAAUGUCUCCAUCUCUUUACACACGGCACCAUCAGGAGACACUGCAAACAAGCAAUACUGUGAAGACACUUCUCCAUUGAUAGAGUGUGUGAAUGAUAAAACUGAGGCUUUGCAAAGUGAGGGUGUGAAGGAAGUUGCCAAUACUAAGGGCACAGAUGAUGAGGAUGAGACAGUCUCAAGUGAGGUAAUGAAUAAGGUCAGCAAAGAAUUGCAUGAGGAUAAUAAAACAAACAACACUGAUAAGGAUGAGCUUCAAACUCCAAAAGUGAAUUUACUGAGAUCUAAGUUGCCUGAAGAGGAGAUUAAGAAAAUUAUGGCAGUGACUCCAAGACUCAGUUUGGGUAAGGAGGGUGAUUUUAUUGAUUUAGAGGAAACAUCUACUCCGAGUCAAGACCCUGGUAUGGUUGAACUCAUAAAUCGCUUUAUGAGGCAUUCAAACAUCAAGCGGAAGCCAGCAGAAAAACGGGAGGUCAAUCUCAACAUUGUGAGCAAGGAGGAUGAUGGUUCAGGAGGAAAAUGCCUCGUGUCUUCGAAUCUGCAGGUGACUUUGGAUGCUGAAGAAGAAGAGUCAAGUGAGACUGUGCCAGGUGCCCGCCUCACCUCCCUCAAGACUGCCCUGAAGGCCAGAAUUAGGGAACAACGGGAGAAACAGAGACUCAGGAGGUUCCAAGAGAAGCAGUUUAUGGAGACAGAGGAUAUUACUGAAGGCUUUCAGUAUGAAGACAACCUUCCUGAUGAAGAAGCAGAAUUAACAGAUCGAAGUGAUACGGAUUAUGAAACAGAAUCUGAGCCGGAAGAAAAUGACAUGCCCUUAAUUGAUAAGAAAGUAAAGAAGAAUUGCUUCAUGGAUGACGAAGCAGAGGAGGAGAAUGAAGAGGAGUUGGAGCCUAAUGCCAAUGACUCUGAAAAUGAGGAGGAGUGCCCAGCACCCAACAGUGAUGAUGAGAAUGACACAUCAGAAGCCACUAAGGAAAGAAAGAGAAUCAUUAAAGACCCUGAAGAUGAAAGUGAAGAAGAGGAAAGUAGAAGCCUCACACUGAACUGGGAAGAGACUCAAGAUGUGCGACCUAAUUCUGAUUCAGGAGUCAUUUCUCGCUCCAAUACAGAUGACCUGUUUCCCGGCUCAACUUUAAAGAAGGGUGAAUCUUUGGACAAGGACACAAGCACUGCAUCUUUUGACUCCAGCUUUGAACUGUACGGGUCAGUGAUUGCCGGGCACCAGCCAGGGGGCGGCACGAAGCACAGUGGUGAAACAGAACCUGCUCAGGCCCUCACAAAGAACAAGUCAGGCAGCUUCAGUAGUAUCACAAGCAGCAGUAACAUGAGACAGCAAGAGCUCACUUUACCAGCAGACGACUCUUUUGAUAUCUUUAAUACAGAGGCCACUAGUGCCUCCCAAGGACUUGUUUUACCCUUCACCUACACUGAUUCAACACAGCUCCUUGAAUCAAAUAAGGAAACUGAUGGAAUGCCCAAACUCCAGCUGGACUUCAGUAGAAUAGAUGGGACACAAAACAAAGAUGAUCUGAUUGACCUCUGCUCUGGUCAAUUUACAGUCCAAGCAGCAGAUAGUAGUCAGAUGACAGAUCUGUGUGAGGACCAUGUCAGCCCUACCCAGGAAAUGAGCGAUCUGCUUGGCUUGUGCACGGGUCGUUUUGCCGGUCCCAAGGCGGCUCAGUCCAGCCCACUGAAGACUACUCCAGGUGGCCCUGCAAUGCUUCCCCUCUCUCAAGACGAGCCUGAUGAUGAUGAGCUUCUUGGGCUGUGUACUGCAAAAUUUACAAUGUCUGACAGCCAGGCAGAAUCACAAUCAGAAGCAAAAGAAGCCAGGAUGACAAAAAAGGAUAAAGAUAAGAGAGAAGAUUCACCCCAAAUGGUUAUUUAUUCUUCUGAUGAAGAGGACUCGGUGGAUGUGAAGAAUAAAAGUGUAAGAAGACUGAAGCGAAAAAGAGUUUUAGAAUUUUCAGAUGAUGAAGAUGCUCAACAACCUUUAGCAUUUGAUGAUGAGGAAAAUGAAGUGCCAAUGACAGUGUUUUCUGGCUUUAAAGACCAAACCAAAGGUGGUAUAAGAGCAGACUUUUUAGAAAACGAAGCAGAGUUGUCUGGCUCAGACGAAAAUUCAGAUGAUGAAAUGGAACGUAGUGAUGAUGAUGACAUGGAGGAAGAGGAAGGAGACCUGGAACAUUUUGACAGCAAUGAACUCAGGAAUCAGGUCGGAAAGGCUCAUCUGAGGAGUCUGCUAGAUUCAGACAAGCGUGAAGUCCGGCUCCUGCAAGAACUGUACUUAGAAGAUGGAGAACUUCACGGUCAGGGUCGCAGCAGACAGUUCAGGUGGAAGAAUUUAGACAAAAACAUUGAAGAGGAUGAAAGAAAGAGAUUAUCUGAUGAUGAUGAAGGGAGUGAUGAUAACAUGGAAGAUAGUCAAUGGAGGAAGCAGAAGAUUGAAAGAGAAAAAUUCUUGGAAGAGCAGAGAGCCAAGCAGAUGGUAGACUUAGAAGCAGAGUCUUUUGAAGUAAACAGCUGGGGAAAAGCACAAAAUCUGAUGAAAAGAGAUUUGGAGAACAGGAAGCCAUCACCUCUUGCUCCUGCAGUUCCUCAAACAACUAGGAUGAAGCCCAGCUUUUCCUUCAAGUUACAACCAAAGAGGGGGUCCUUCCUGAGCCGGGACAAGUCAACAUUGGCUCGCAUAGCUGAGUUCACAAAGGACCAGAGGGAUGUUGUGGGAGGUGCCAAGCAAAGGGGCAACUUUGUUUUCCAGCAGCUUUCAGCAGACGAAGUACAGGAAGAGAAACUGGAAGUAGAAAAGGUUGAAGUCACCCUUCAAAAGAGACACAGCUUGCCCAUUACCAAAAAGGCAAAAGUGGAUCUGUCUUCUAAAGGCAGUGGUAACAAUCGGUUGUCAUCAGUUAUAUUCAAAUAUUUAUAGUUUUAUUACUAUGUACAGCAUAGUUACAUGAGAUAAUUUAUUUGUAUAUAUUGAAAAAUUAGCAAAAAAAUUAUUAAAGUUUGUAUAUUGUGCCUACACUGAUGAUUUAAAAUCUAUAGCUUGGAAUCCUUUUCUGUGAACCAUGAUAAGAGAAGACAUGAGUAAAGUGUGAAAGGAAUAUGGUUUUAUAAGGGUUGUGUUAAGUCACAAGUGCAAUGAAUGAUUAGUAAGCUAUGAAUGAAUGCCUGCCAUUAAUAUACAUGAACUGUGGAAGUUCUGAGUUUUGUGAGCAAGAAUUUUAAUGGGAGUUUUAUUUUGCAAUUAAAUAUGAAGAAACUGUGUCAAAAGGUAUUUAUUUUAAACUUUGUUCUUAACCUUGAAGGUAUUAGCAAAUAAAAUAUCCACUGAAUUAAAAAAAAAUGGUU